AUGAGGGUGUGGCUGGUGAAGCAGAAGGCCGUUGCCCACAUUUACGGUGAUUGGGAUGAGUCCUAUAAUGAGCUACCUAGGUGGGUGUUAGAAGUUCAGUUGACGAUGCUUGGUAUUGUUACAGUCCUUCGUACGAGCCCAGUUCGAGUUGGGGGACAGGUGGACGAGUCGCAAGCUUAUUUCCACCGACUGUUCUGGACCUUUCCACCAUGUAUCGAGGCAUUCCAACAUUGCAAGCCGUUGGCAAGUAUUGACGGCACCCAUCUGUAUGGCAAGUAUGGCGAAACGUUGCUUGUCGCGAUUAAACAGGAUGGGAACUCCAACAUUCUGCCUUUUGCAUUCGUCCUUGUUGAAGGAGAGAAUGCCGAGUCCUGGUCCUUCUUUCUCUCUCACCUGCGUGAGCACGUGACCCCGCAGCCGGGUUUGCUAGUUAUAUCGGACAGGCAUAACGACAUCAAGGCCGCGCUUGAGUCUCCGGACGGAGGUUGGCUACCUCCAACUGCUUACCGUGCUUUCUGCAUUCGACAUGUGGCAGCAAAUUUUGCUCUUACCUACAAGGGCAAGGAUGCAAGGAGGCUACUUGUGAAUGCAGCGUAUGCAAAGACCAAGGUUGAGUUCGAUUACUGGUUCGAUAUUCUGCAGUCUGAAGACCCUGGCAUGUGUGAGUGGGGUGAACCGGAUUGA